AUGAGCGUCCCCUACACUCCAGCAGUUGGACACUGGACGAGUAUCCCCUAUGCUGCAGCGGUCGGACGCAGGAUGAGCGUCCCCUGCACUGAAGUGGUCGAAGGCCGGACAUGUAUUAGCAGAAGGUCCAAAGUGAGGGGUGGGAAAGCUGGAGUGGCUGAAAGUGGCUCGUACAUUGGCGGCAAUCGCUACCCGCAAGAAGCAGGACUCAAAGCUUGGCUGAGCUGGGACAAGAACCCCAAAACAAAAGAACAGAUUGAAAGCUUGCUACAGGAUGGAAAGCAUAAGGAAUUACGGGAUCGUCUCUGCUGCCGGUUGACCUUUGGGACUGCUGGGCUUCGCUCUGCUAUGGGAGCAGGCUUUUGCUACAUUAAUGAUCUUACAGUGAUCCAGUCAACACAGGGCAUCUACAAGUAUCUUGAGAGGUGUUUUUCAGACUUUAAGCAGAGAGGCUUUGUUGUUGGAUAUGACACACGAGGUCAGGUGACCAGCAACUGCAGCAGUAAGAAACUUGCAAAGCUCACUGCAGCAGUCCUCCUGGCUAAAGAUGUACCUGUGUACUUCUUUUCAACAUAUGUCCCUACGCCCUUUGUGCCCUAUGCUGUUCAGCAGCUCAAAGCUGUUGCUGGUGUGAUGAUCACAGCAUCACAUAACCGAAAGGAGGACAACGGAUACAAGGUUUAUUGGGAAAAUGGAGCACAGAUCACAUCACCUCAUGAUAAGGAAAUUAUAAAAUGUAUAGAAGAGUGCGUUGAACCAUGGAAUGGCUCUUGGAAUGAGAAUCUAGUAGAUACCAGUCCCCUUAGACAAGAUCCUCUGAAGAAAAUUUGUGACUGUUAUAUGGAAGAUCUGAAAAAGAUCUGUUAUCACAGGGAGCUAAACAUGCAAACAAACUUGAAGUUUGUUCAUACCUCGUUUCAUGGAGUCGGACAUGACUACGUGCGGCUGGCUUUUAAAGCGUUUGGCUUUCAGCCCCCCAUUCCAGUACCUGAACAAAAAGAUCCAGAUCCAGACUUCUCUACUGUCAAAUGUCCAAAUCCUGAAGAAGGAGAAUCUGUGCUGGAGUUGUCACUGAGGCUUGCAGAGAAAGAAAGUGCUAGAGUAGUAGUGGCCACUGAUCCAGAUGCAGAUAGAUUAGCAGUGGCAGAACAACGGGAGAAUGGCUGCUGGAAGGUGUUCACUGGAAACGAGCUAGCAGCUUUGUUUGGGUGGUGGAUGUUUUCUUGCUGGAAGGAAAACUGUUCCAAAGAUGCUGAUGUGAAGAAUGUUUACAUGUUAGCGACCACAGUCUCCUCUAAAAUUUUGAGGGCAAUUGCACUUAAAGAAGGAUUUCACUUUGAAGAAACACUCCCUGGUUUUAAAUGGAUUGGAAGUAGAGUGAAAGAUCUCCUAGAUAACGGAAAAGAAGUUCUCUUUGCCUUUGAAGAGUCCAUUGGGUUUAUGUGUGGUACAUCAGUGUUGGAUAAAGAUGGUGUAAGUGCUGCUGUGGUCGUAGCUGAAAUGGCAACUUACCUGGAAGGCAAGAACCAGACGCUAGCACAGAAACUCACCAAGAUAUAUGAAAUGUAUGGAUAUCAUAUAUCAAAGACUUCCUAUUUCUUGUGCUAUGAUCCUCCUACUAUCAAAAGGAUAUUUGAAAAGCUUCGGAACUUCGAUGGCCCUCAGUCUUAUCCAAAGUUUUGUGGUGUUUAUAACGUAUUACAUGUACGAGAUAUUACCACGGGCUAUGAUAGCAGUCAACCGAAUAAGAAAUCGGUGCUGCCGGUGAGUAAAAGCAGUCAGAUGAUCACUUUUACAUUUCAAAAUGGUUGUGUUGCCACCCUUCGGACAAGUGGAACGGAACCAAAGAUCAAGUAUUACGCAGAGAUGUGCGCGCUACCCGAACAGAGUGACAGAACCUUUCUUGAGGAAGAACUUCAGAAGCUUAUUGAGGCUUUAAUUGAGAAUUUUCUUGAACCUGAUAAGAAUGGACUGAUCUGGCGUUCUGCUUAGAGCUCCUAUAACUGGUGUUUAAAGAAGUGACUGCUUGCACUGCAUCACGUGAAGCAAAGGAACCAAGAACAGGACUCCAUUUAACGUGUGUGUGUGUGUGUGUUUAAACAAACAGCUACAUUUUUAACCUAUAUAGAAGCAGCAUUUUUUUGUCAGCUUUUUCACCAGAGUCCAGGCUAAUAAACUGGAACAAGGGGAGAGGAAGUGAAGGAGAGGGAUGGAAUUUAUUAUCUAGAAUUUCCCGUUCUUUUGACCAAAAGAAUAAUUAAAUUAUACCAAUGCAAAUGAUCUCCUGUAGCAGGUUUGAGACAGCUAAUUUUAGCCACUGGACUUUGUUUUUAAACUAAUUUCAGGUACCCAGUACUUCUUUGUGUGAAAAGGCUUUAAAAUCUGGUAGUCAUAGUAUUUGAAGGAAAUGAUCAUGCCAAACUGACAAAAAAAAAAAAAAAAAAA